UCACAAUCUGAAGAGCCCUCUUAUUAUUAUUACCAUAAAAGAUGAAGAUGCCACCAUGUUCAUUCCUCACUGCAUUUGCUUCUACACCUUUCGCUCUUCGGUCUCACCGAUGCACGAGCACUGAACUCUCUAGGAGUAGCCAAUGACAAUAUGCCUCUGGAUGAAACGUUGGACGAGGAUACUGAGUUAGCGGAUGAGGAAAAUCCAAUGGGAUCAUUCUCACAACUUCCAUUGCAGUGGCAACAACAACCUCCUCCUGCUCCUUCUCCUCCUUGUGCAGAGCCACCAUUUGCCCUACCUUCUUCACCAAGCCAACAACUUUCACCGCCAACACUAUCGGGUAUUCCGGCCCACGACCCACCACCCACUCCCAGCCCACCUAAUUCCCAACCUAGUCCGAUAACACAAAUGCCAAGCCCACCUAACUUUCCGAUCGGCCCACCAUUACCAAUGCCAAGUCCACCUAACUUUCCCAUGCAAGAUAGAUUUUGUGCCAGCCAAACCAACCGCCAAAAAUGUGGCAUUUUUCUAUCCACAUAUAGCAUCCAAAUUCUAUUCUAGCUAGCUAGAUCAACAAUGUUAUCGCAUUCACAUUCAUUGAUGUUGAACUCUUAUCCGGUUGGCGCAUGUGAUACCUUUCCGAG